AGUAGAUGAACUCCUCCGUCGAGGGCUCAGGCAGUUCUUAUUCUCUUCUCCGCAGAACGAUAAUCUGCAACAAUUAGUAUUCUUGAUUUCAAUUUCUUCUCUUCUGCUUUGAUUCAGAGGAAAAUUUGCAGAAUUGGAAGAGUAUUAGAACGAUUCUUUUCUGGUUGAUAUAAGCCGCUUGCUUGGGGCUGGAAGGCAUUUUGCAGUUCCAUUGUUUCAACUGCAUUUAACAUGGAUAUUGACUUUGCGCCCCUUAAAAUGGACAAAGCUGAAGCAUCCAGCUACUGUAAACUUAACAACAUGGCUAUAGUUGUUGCAAAAAAUGAGUGGGGAGGACAUAGCCACUCAAACUCCUUUAGUCCAUGAGACUCAGGCAAAUUGCUGAUUCAUGAGCUUAUAGAAUUGUCUUCAGUCCUUACCCGCUCCGUGGAUUGUUACUCUGACAAUGUUAAACUGAGAUUUCAUCCUUCUACAAAAUGAAUUUUGGACACGUUGGGCUCUGCUUGAUUUGCUAUUGAUGUACUUCACCCUUAUCCUGAUUUUGGAACUAUCUUUGAAGUACAUGUAGAGAGCUAAUAGAUCUUGAAGGCAGACUCCAAAAAGGGUCUCUUCUAUAUCUAAAGCAAUGUCCGUUCCACCCAGUGUCAAAUUUGCAGAUUUGAGCCCCGCAAAAGAUGUUUUUGUUUCAGCACUCCGCUUUGCCCUGUCAAUUAACAGACCAUGUGCCCCAUUUGGAGAUGAGCUUCAAAGAUCUGCCCAAGAGCAAGUUGACUACAUGUUAAGGGCAGAUCCUGACACAUUGUCGAUAAUAACUGAUGAUGAAGUUAAAUCAGUGUUAAGAAUGGGUUUUUCAAAAACUUCUACAUCGUUUGAGAGGGAACUAUCUUCCCUACUUUUGGAAUCUAGCCUUAUAUCUCAGGCAAACGAAGACAAAAUAUUGAGGACAUUAUCUGAUCUUGAAUGGAUUUGUACUUUACUUCCUAAGAUGAAUUUAAUGAAAGACUUCGUUUCCUACUGGAUUGAGAUAUCUGGUAACAUAUUGAAGGUAAUCGAAGACGAAAAGUUGAAUUCUUUAAUGUGGGGUUUGAAAGUUAAGCUGAUUGAGAUGACCAACAAGGCCUUGGAAGCUGUUGGCUAUGGCACUGUGAUUCUUCCUGCACCGUACCGAUUGUCACUGCUUAAAUUCUGGCUUCCAUAUAUAAGGAAGAUGAAGUCUCUGCUGGAUUCAAAGUGCGUGGCAGAGACAGAUUUUCGUUAUAAGAUGGACGACGAGCUGUGCUUGAACAUCGAGGGGGCAAUUGUCUCGAUGGUACUUGCAUUGCCUUCAAAUGACCAAGCAUUUAUCUUGGCAGACUGGAUGAAAGCAGAGGAAAUGCAAUAUCCUGACUUAACAGAUGCUUUUGAAUUGUGGUGUUAUAGGACCAAAUCUGCAAAGCGGAGAUUGGUUGAAAGCAUAGAUGGAGUAAGCUCUGAUGAUGGUGACGCUGCAAUCAGCUUUUAAACUGUCCACUGCAGACCUACCGCGGCUCCUUAAUACGACGAGUGCUGGACGAUCAAAUGAUGUUGAAGUCAUUGACUCGUAAAAUUAGUUAAGGUGCAUGUAAGGUGACCCGAACACUGAAAGGUCUAUUGAGUUGAUUCAAACGGUUGUCGAUGUAACUCUAAAUUGUAAAUGUCCAAUUUUCAUGCUCUAUUAA